UAGUAUAUGAGAGACGACGGUGCUCGUUGACGGGUGGGAGGGUCUCUCUUGCAAAACCCCCCUUCGCUUCUCUUCUCAAAGCAGCUCUCUCUGUUCAAGUCCGAAAGACUCCAGUCAUCAGUCAACACCAUGUACGCCCUCUACAUCGGCAACAAGCGCUACUCGUCGUGGUCGAUGCGGCCCUGGGUCCUGCUCAGGGCACUCGACAUCCCCUUUGACGAGAAGCUGCACUUUUUCAAGCCCGGCCAGGCGCAGCCCGAGUUCAAGGCCUUUUCGCCGUCGGCCAAGGUGCCGUGCCUGCACGACACGGACACGAACACGAACAACCAGGACAACAACGGCAACGGCGUCGUCGUCUGGGACUCGCUCGCCAUCGCCGAGUACCUCGCCGAGCGCCACCCGGGCGUCUGGCCCUCGGACCGCGCGGCGCGGGCCUUUGCGCGCUGCGCCGCCGCCGAGAUGCACUCGUCCUUUGCCGCCGUGCGCGACGAGUGCAGCAUGAACGUGGCCCUACGCAUCGAGCUGCCGCGCCCCCUGAGCGAGCCGCUGCGCCGCGACCUGGCCCGCCUGGGCGCCCUCUUCGCCGAGGGCCUCGAGCGCUUCGGCGGGCCCUACCUCGCGGGCGCGGCCUUCACCGCCGCCGACGCCUUCUUCGCCCCCGUGGCGUCGCGCUGCCAGACGUACGGCAUCCGCUUCGACGACGAGCCCCGAGCGCAGGCCUACGUCGACGCGCUGCUCGCGCACCCGGCCGUGCGGGCGUGGAUCGAGCAGGGCAUCCGCGAGACGGAGAGGGAGCCGUACCACGAGGAGGACUGCGUGCGCGGGAGGAAGGUGCUCGAGGACCUGGCCAAGUAGUGGUUUCCGGCUUUUGCAGCGCAGAUUGGGAAUCAUGUGAACGGGCUGGGUACGUUAUCAGACGGGUGAUGGGUGAGGUAGGUGUAUACACUGCACACCGCACAGUACUUCGUAUAUAUAGGCAGGCAUCACGAAGAGUGGGAGCGUGGCGUUGGUGUUGUUGAUGCUUGCACGCAUAAUGAAACAGACCACUAAAACACGAC